AUGCUGGACGUGUUGUUCCUCCUCGAUUUUCUCUACCUUGAUAGAGAUAUGCACAAUGAGGGUCUCGCGAGAGAUGGGUCCGAUUACUCUGCCAGUCGGGUCACGAGCUGGAUUAAAGAUGUCCGGAAGCCUUUUAAAGCCACGAUGCAUUCCAGUCGUGUGACGGUCCCGCACCACGCGAUUAUAAUGUCCUUGCGGACGAGGGUUUUGGUGGUAUCAUCGUUGAAGAAGGCGACGUAUUCGAUCCAACUGGCGAUUCAGCUCGAGGGAUUGAAAGAACUAGCGACGAGGGAAUCAACACUUGCAUCGCCACCGACGUGGCCUGUAUUCUCCUUGCGACCACCAGCGUGGCGGCCGACGGAAUCACUUUUGGCCGCGUGGAGAAGAUGGUUUGGGGUUUGGAGUUAUAAGAAGAACGACCAAAAAGGUGGAAGAUGA